CAAGAUGCCAGGCAAGCGGCCGCGCACCGCGGCCGCCGCCAGCAGCUUCGACGAGAGCCUCGACGAUCUCGAGGUGGCGGUCGCGCGGAUUAGCGGCGCCGAGCCGCACUCCGUUAGUGCCGAUCAACUGCGGCGGCUCAAGGAGCUGAAGCAUCUCCUGUUCCGUAAGGAGAUGGAGGUUGAUUCGCUGGCGCGCGCCAAGAAGCGAGCGCGCGUGGCUGCAGAGGUGGUGCUGCCGCUCGACCUCCUCACGCACGCCUUUUUGCCGCUGGAUCUCAAGUACCUUGUCGCCGCGAGCCAGACGUGCCGUCACUUCAAGCUCGCCGUCAGCCGCGCAGUGACGGUGCGCGGCAACCAGAUCGGGCUGCGGCAGGGAGACGCGGAGAAGCUUAGUCUCAAGACGCUCGCGCCGCUGGAGGAGAAGGCCGCUCAGGUGCGCGCGCUGAUGGCGUCCAUCGACCAGCGGUCGAGCCAGCAGCAGCUGAUUCGCCUCCUAUCUGCGCGGUCGGGCGGCAGCAGGGAGGAGCGCGCCCUGGGGCCGCUGCUGCUCUGCCGGCACGAGGCGGCGCUGUGGGCGCGCGUGGAGGCGCUCGUCAAGAAGGACGCGCACCGCACCCCUCGCGCGCCCGACACCUUCUUCGAGGACCUGAACUUCGAGAAUGGCGUCGCCGACCAGGCGAACGCAUACGAGACCUACCUCGACUCGCUGGUUCCCGAGCUUGAUCACCUCCUCUCGCUCCUCUCGGGCUUGACGCGCCGCGCGACACGCGCCGCCGACUCCGCUCUCCUCGUCUCGCACGCGCCCACCCUCGUGCAGCUCGUCACCGCCUCCGUCGAC